ACAUACAAAUACAACAGUGAGCUGGCUGGUCCCUUUAUCAGUCAAUCACAACAGAUGAUCUCCACGCCACGGUAAUAACUGGACCUACUUGCUUGUAAAUCUGUCAAACAUCCAAACCAGUGAUGAUCCGUUCGUGAACGAUCUGACUCUUUUGAACGGCUCCGCCAAAACUGCCAUCUCAAUCAGCCAAGAGCCUCGCUCACAACUCACUUAACACAGAAAACUGUUCAGCUCACGAUCUCACUAUCACCGUCACAUUACAAAUUGUAGAUGGGCUUUUUGCGAGGAAACGUUUUAUUCUUUAUAGAGAGUAGGUUAACUCAGUUUGUUGGAGCAGUGGCUCUCAAACCUUUUCUCAGUAAUGUAGCCCCUCUGAAGUGUUUUUUUUCCAGACAAAUACCCCCUGGUCACUGCAGGAAAAACGCCUUUAUGAAGACGUCCGACACAGCUCAGUUUCUGCAACCACAACGUGAUGCUGACGAUAUUUUUUGUCUCUGUUUUUGCUUCUCCAUUUUUUGGAGUUAUGCAUGGCUGAUAUUUUUAAUUAACAUUAAAGGAAAUCUUGUACCCCUGCAGUACUCCAACAUGACCCCUUGGGGUACGCGUGCCCCCUCGUGAGGACCACUGGGACAUGCGCACAUUUGGCUCAGGCGCCAGGAAAACGAUGCGAGGACCUAUCCUGGGACUGGAAUGCAAGGGGAAUUUUUCUGUUUUUGAAAACAUAGAGGACGAUGUUACGUAUACUCCCACCGCUCCUGGCUGUUUCUUGCCUCCUCUCUGGUGCAACAAGUGCGUGGAGGGAAGACAAGGUGUGCUAUGGCGACACUUAUAAAAUGACGUCUGAGAAACUGUCCAUACCGUUUCCCAACAAGUUGCAGCUGCUCUUCACUCCGUCCAGACCCAGCGGCCCCAUCAAGCUGGUGAUGGACAAGAAUGAGGUGAAGGAUCCUCGCUAUGUGCUGAAAGGCAAUGUCCUUUCUAUACCACAUGUGACUGAGAGAGACGAGGGAGUGUUUUCACUGUCAACCGCUGAGAGAUUUGCAUACCCCACUAUCCUCAGAAUUAAAGUUUUAGAUUGUUCCCAGCAGGUGGAUAAGAACUAUGGGAGCAGCUACUCUUUUCGUUUGUCCAGAGCGACAGACUUCCUGGAGUUCACUCCCUCUGACAGGUUUAAUGAAACGAGGGUCCUUUGGAAUCGAAGCAGCUCUCAAACCAACUUUGGAAAAAGGGGGUAUGUUGAGGGUAAUGUCUUUAAGGUGACCCACCUCACCCAGGACGACAAUGGCCACUAUAACCUCAGGAAUAAAUACAACGAUUUGAUAUCUAGGAAGAAGAUAACAGUAACAGAGAAUAAAGAACAUUAUUUAAGAAUGACCAACGAGGACUUCAUCAUCACUUUUGACCUGGACCGUGCCACUGUGACCUUUUUUCCCAACUGGGGCAGCGAACGCAUCUUGGUGAUGAAAUCAGGCCAACUGAUAAAAUAUUAUUCCAAGGAGACAGUCGGGAAUUCCGUAUUUACAGACAGAAUUCAGGAACUGUCUUCAACUGGGGAAGGUUUCGGGAUUGAAAUCAAACCUCUCAAAACCACAGACACUGGCCGCUUUGAGGUCAAGGACAAAAACGGCAAUCUGGCCCUUGUUGUGGAGCUGGAGGUGGAGCAAGCACCUGUUCCCAUAUCAGUCAACGUCGGUAUCGGUUUUGGCGUUAUCAUGGCAGUGAUUCUUUGCUGCUGCUGUGUGAGCAAGUGCUGUUGUGGCGAUAGCUCUUCAAAAAGCGACGGGCCCGAUCCUGAGACUCCAGCAGAGCUUCCUGUGCAUCACCAUGACGAUCUCAUUCCACCUCUACUUCCAAGUUACACUUCACCAUACGUAUCAACUAACACAUGUCAGCCCACUAAUCCCCUCUGCCCUCCUCAAACCAACCUCUGCUCUGUGGAGCCACCGGACCCUAGUCCACCAAGUUACACUUCACCAAAUGUAUCAACCCACGCAAACCGGCCCACUGAUCCCCUCAGCCCUCCUGAAACCAACUUCAGCUUUGUGGAGCCACCGGUUCCACCUACCGGAUGGAAGACAUCAGCUCCAGCUAUGUCUCUUGACUUUGACUGUCUCUCGUCAGACACUGAUCUGCGCUUUGAGCUGAAGGAACUGACCGUUCCCUCUGCUCCGCCUCUCAGCUCAGACUCCAAUUUUUGUGAUGUUUAUACCUCUGACAAACUCAACUUCCUCUAGGGAGUGCACUGAAAAUUCACACACCACAAAAUUGAAUUCAGUAGUUGCCUUGUGACAUUGUGACAUGGCGCAGAGCCAACUUGACCAUUGAUUUGAUUAAUACACACACACACACACACACACACACACACACAGACAACACCAAUGUUAGUAUUUCUCAUUAUAGAGUUUUUCUUUUAUGUGUUUAUUCUGUUCAGUUUCACACACAGUGCAAUGCUCAGGGCCAUCUGUCGGUGGAACAGCUGUGGUUGAGACUAAGCCAAUGCAUUACAACUAACACCAAGACCAGAGCCAUUACCCGUACAUUCUCAGGUUACUGUGCAGAAAGUUUUUAACGUCUCUCUCUCUCUCUUUUCCUCACGCUCGACAUAUUCCAUUAGCAUAUCCUACAGUCAACAUGUUUAAUGUUUAAUGUAUACACAAAGUGGCCUUGUUCCUGCUGCCAAGGAGAUCAAGGCCAAAUAAUAACCGAAAGGAGGUGGCACAGGAAAUUUAACGUGCAAAUUAAGAGAGCAAAACAGGAUUGGUCUCGAGAAAUGCAGAACUGCUUUUUAUUGCUUGAAUUUGUUUUUAAACCCACCAAACUGCCUUCUACAGUCCCAGGGAACAGGAAAGUGCACUCAGCUAUUUAUAACCACUAUUUCAGGUUGACCACAAUUGAUGUGAACAGUAUUUUUACUUUUUUUUUUUUUUUUCUUUUUUACACUAACAUGCCUUCAACCUAUAAGCCUGUCUAUAGUUUGUAUUUUGAAAAUGCAAUUUAUUCAAUUUAUUCUUAUUAUUAUUUAUAAGAAAUAAGAUGCUGGAACCUGUUACACUGUGUAUGUUUCAACAUGUUAAACUCAGAGAAAGUGAAUAUUUGUAGUUUUUUUUGUUUGUUUGUUUGUUUUUUUGUUUUGGCCUUUGUCUCAUUAUUAGCACUCUGAACACUGAGAAAUGGAAGGCCAUGAGAUAAGUUUAAUGUUUUAUAUGCUAAUGUAAAUCAGUUGUAUUCCAUAAUUAUUUGAGUGCAGUGGUGACAAAGUUAUUUAAAUGUUUAAAUGUUAAAGGGUUGUUUUAUCCCUUUUAUCUGGCAUUUCAUAAGUACAAGAAACAAUGUAUGUCAUGUUUAAUGGGCUCUGGAGAGAAGAAGCUCUGCCCUGAUGACCUUAAGUGACUCUUCACAAAGCACUUCCAUGUUUUAUAGGUGUCAUAGCGACACAGCCAAAUGUCUGUAUCGUAAAUGUGUUUAUUCAGGCAUGUAGUGGCUUUCUUGUUGAUAGUAGCUCCCCUGUAAGAUAAAUCAAUAAA